UCUCUCUCUCUCAAAAAAAAAAUAUAUAUAUAUAUGUAUAUAUAUCGAUUUAUAAAAGACCAAACAAACACCCCAACCGAUCACUCACAAUUUCUUCGAUUAAAGUCAAUACUUUAAUCUUUUAAGCGAAUAUUCUAGGGUUUGUGAUUUGGGGGUUUUGCUCAGGAUUGUUGAGCUGAUUCGGUGAAGGAUCGAAUUUGUUCGAUUGAAUUCGAGAAAUUAGGGUUUCGUAAACGAUGAUGAUAACGAAUUUCGGAUCGGGAAGCGUUUGAUCGCCGCUCUUCGGCGAUCCGGUUCGCGAUUUUGAGGGGGUUUAGGUUUUGUAUGGAAACUCGGAGUCGGAAGCGGGCGGAGGCUACCUCAUCAGCCCCUUCUUCCUCAUCUUCUGGUCCUAAAACCCGUCUCAGCAAGCGACCUCGCCUCUCCUCCGCCGCCGUCGUUUCCACUCGUUCACGCGUAACUCGGUCCCAAGACUCAUUGGCUUCGUCUACUCCGAUGGAUUCAACGAACGAAUCAUCUGGGUCUCGUGGCCGACGAGGAAAGAAUCAGGGUUCAGAUAAGGACAAUUCGGACAAAGGGAAAGAAAAAGAGCAUGAAAUUAGGGUUAGGGAUAGAGAAAGAGACACUGAGAGAAGCCUAGGGGGGUUGAAUAUAGAUGGUAAUGGUGGAGACGAUGAUGAUAACGACAGCGAAGGUGGUGGUGUUGGGAUUCUUCACCAGAAUUUGACUUCUGCGAGCAGUGCACUUCAAGGGCUUCUUCGGAAAUUGGGUGCAGGGUUGGAUGAUUUGCUUCCAUCGUCGGGAAUGGGAUCGGCAUCGUCGUCGCAUCUGAGCGGGCGGUUGAAGAAGAUCUUAUCUGGGUUGCGUGCGGAUGGAGAGGAAGGACGACAAGUCGAGGCUUUAACACAGCUUUGUGAGAUGUUAUCUAUUGGUACUGAAGAGUCACUUAGUACUUUCUCGGUGGAUUCGUUUGUGCCUGUGCUUGUUGGGUUGCUUAAUCACGAGAGCAAUCCCGAUAUCAUGCUUCUUGCGGCCCGGGCUCUGACACAUCUGUGUGAUGUACUUCCUUCUUCAUGUGCUGCGGUCGUGCACUAUGGUGCAGUUUCUUGUUUCGUUGCUCGAUUGCUGACAAUUGAGUACAUGGACUUGGCUGAACAGUCCCUUCAAGCUCUAAAGAAGAUUUCUCAGGAACACCCAACUGCUUGUUUGAGAGCAGGUGCGCUAAUGGCAGUGCUUUCAUAUCUUGACUUCUUUUCCACUGGAGUCCAGCGCGUAGCGUUGUCUACUGCGGCAAAUAUGUGCAAGAAACUUCCUUCAGAUGCAGCUGACUUUGUGAUGGAAGCUGUUCCUUUGUUGACAAACCUUCUUCAGUAUCACGAUGCGAAGGUGCUAGAGCAUGCAUCUGUAUGCUUGACUCGAAUUGCUGAGGCAUUUGCAUCAUCUCCAGAUAAGCUGGAUGAAUUAUGUAAUCAUGGAUUGGUUGCACAAGCCGCCUCACUCAUUUCCAUAAGCAAUUCUGGAGGUGGUCAGGCAUCUCUUAGCACACCUACCUACACGGGUUUAAUCCGACUGCUUUCCACAUGUGCAAGUGGGUCCCAUCUGGGAGCCAAAACUUUGCUACUCCUUGGCAUCAGUGGUAUUCUUAAAGAUAUACUAUCAGGUUCAGGCCUUGCUUCUAGCAUUUCUGUAUCACCUGCCUUAAACAAACCACCAGAGCAGAUUUUUGAGAUUGUCAACCUUGCAAAUGAGCUUCUUCCCCCACUACCCCAAGGGACCAUAUCUCUUCCAGCCAGCACAAAUCUAUUUGUUAAAGGUCCUCUUUCAAAGAAGUCUCCUGUCAGUAGUUCUGGCAAACAAGAAGAUACAAAUGGAAGUGUAACUGAGGUUUCAGCUCGUGAGAAGUUAUUAAAUGAUCAGCCUGAACUUCUGCAGCAAUUUGGAAUGGACCUUCUUCCAGUUUUAAUUCAGAUAUAUGGAUCCAGUGUGAAUGGUCCUGUGCGGCACAAAUGUCUCUCAGUUAUAGGAAAAUUGUUGUACUUCAGCAGUGCAGAUAUGAUCCAGACUCUAAUAAAUGGGACAAACAUAUCGAGCUUCUUAGCUGGGGUUUUAGCGUGGAAAGAUCCACAAGUCUUGGUUCCUGCCCUUCAAAUAGCGGAGAUUCUAAUGGAAAAACUUCCAGGGACUUUCUCCAAGAUGUUUGUGAGGGAAGGUGUGGUUCAUGCUGUAGAUGCACUUAUUUUAGUUGGGUCAUCCAAUAUUCCUCCUUCCCAACCAUCUUCCAAUGAAAAAGAUAAUGAUUCUAUACCUGGAUCAUCAUCACGUAGACGGUAUCGGCGACGCAGUGGUAACUCAAAUGCAGAUUUAAACUCUAGUGAAGAUUCAAAAAAUCCAGUUCCGGUUAUUGGUUCACCUCCAAGCUCAGUAGAGAUUCCAACCAGCAACUCUAGUCUUCGUAUGGCAGUCAGUGCAUGUGCCAAAGUUUUCAAAGAAAAAUACUUCCCUUCGGAUCCUGGGGCCACUGAAGUUGGAGUUACAGAUGAUCUUCUACAUUUAAAGAAUCUCUGCAUGAAGUUGAAUGCUGGCACUGAUGAUCAAAAGACUAAGUUGAAGGGGAAGUCUAAAGCUUCUGGGUCUCGCUUUGCAGAGUUUUCUGCUAGUAAAGAGGAGAACUUAGUCGAGGUGAUAUCUGAGAUGCUUGCAGAGCUAAGCAAGGGGGGUGGUGUGUCCACUUUUGAGUUCAUCGGGAGUGGAGUUGUGGCUGCUUUACUAAACUACUUUUCUUGUGGAUACUUCUCCAAGGAGAGAAUUUCGGAAGCUAACCUUCCCAAGCUUCGCCAGCAAGCAAUCAGAAGAUACAAGGCUUUUAUUGCGGUUGCUCUCCCUUCUACUGUUGAUGAAGGUAGUGUGGCUCCUAUCAGUGUCCUAGUUCAGAAGCUUCAAAAUGCUUUGUCGUCCUUGGAGCGCUUUCCUGUUGUGCUGAGCCAUACUUCUCGACCAUCUAGUGGAAAUGCACGUCUCUCUUCUGGUCUGAGUGCAUUGUCCCAGCCAUUUAAGUUGCGUCUAUGUAGAGCCCAAGGGGAAAAAUCACUGCGUGAUUAUUCUUCUAAUGUUGUAUUAAUUGAUCCAUUGGCAAGUUUAGCAGCUGUAGAAGAUUUCCUUUGGCUCCGAGUCCAAAGAAGCGAGUCUGGACAGAAGCCCUCUGCAUCUGUAGGAAACUCUGAAUCUGGGACCACACUUACCGGAGCUGGUGCUUCAUCACCUUCUACUUGUACUCCUGCUUCCGCCACUCGUCGCCAAUCUACUAGAUCCAGAUCAUCUGUUAAUAUUGGAGAUACAGCCAAAAAGGAAUCUUCACAAGAGAAAAAUGCUAGCUCAUCAAAAGGGAAGGGGAAGGGGAAGGCUAUUUUGACGCCUUCUCAGGAGGAGGCAAGAGGACCUCAAACAAGAAAUGCUGCCCGUAGAAGAGCAGCUCUGGAUAAAGAUGCGCAAAUGAAGACUGUAAAUGGAGACACAAGUUCUGAGGAUGAGGAGCUGGACAUAUCUCCUGUUGAGAUUGAUGACGCGUUGGUGAUUGAUGAUGAUGAUAUCUCAGAUGAAGACGAAGAUGACCAUGAUGAUGUACUGGGAGAUGAUUCUCUUCCUGUUUGCAUGGCAGAUAGAGUACAUGAUGUUAAAUUAGGUGAUUCAGCUGAUGAUAGUCCUGUUGCCCCUGCAACCAGUGAUAGCCAGACCAACCCAGCUUCUGGUUCUAGUAGCAGGGCUGCUACAGUUAGGGCUUCAGACUCUACAGAGUUUAGGAGUGGGAACUCCUUUGGUUCAAGGGGUGCAAUGUCAUUUGCUGCUGCCGCCAUGGCUGGGCUUGCAUCUACAAAUGGUAGAGGUAUCAGGGGAGGCAGAGAUCGGCAUGGACGCCAUCUGUUUGGUUCUAACGACCCUCCUAGACUAAUAUUUUGUGCAGGUGGGAAGCAGCUUAACAGGCACUUGACUAUCUAUCAGGCUAUCCAACGUCAGCUUGUGCUAGAUGAAGAUGAUGAGGAGAGGUAUACUGGCAAUGAUUUUGUGGCCAGUGAUGGAAGUAGGCUUUGGAGUGAUGUUUAUACCGUAACAUAUCAAAGAGCAGACAGCCAGACUGAUAGGGGUUCAGUUGGAGCAUUGAAUUCUACAACCACAUCUAAAUCAACCAAGGCCGGGUCUAUGUCGAAUUCCAACACUGAUUUGUCAUUGCAACGAAUGUCGCUUCUUGAUAGUAUUUUGCAGGGGGAGCUUCCUUGUGAUCUGGAAAAAAAUAAUUCUACUUACAAUAUAUUAGCACUGUUGCGUGUAUUAGAGUGUUUGAAUCAGCUUGCACCCCGAUUGAGAGUCCAGGCAGUGACUGACAGUUUUGCCGAAGAGAAGAUUUUGAGUCUGGAUGAGCUGAGUGUUACCGGUAUCAAGGUUCCUCCCGAGGAAUUUAUUAAUACUAAGCUCACUCCAAAAUUGGCUCGACAAAUCCAGGAUGCCCUUGCACUUUGCAGUGGAAGUCUUCCGUCAUGGUGUUACCAGUUGACUAAAGCAUGUCCAUUCUUGUUUCCUUUUGAGACUCGGCGUCAGUAUUUCUAUUCUACCGCUUUUGGGUUGUCACGGGCUUUAUAUCGGCUUCAGCAGCAGCAGGGCGCAGAUGGUCAAGGAUCAACCAACGAAAGAGAGGUUAGGGUUGGGAGGUUACAGCGCCAGAAAGUGCGUGUCUCCCGUAAUCGUAUUCUGGAUUCGGCUGCAAAAGUUAUGGAGAUGUAUUCAAGCCAAAGGGCUGUUCUUGAAGUAGAAUAUUUUGGUGAAGUUGGCACUGGAUUGGGACCUACUUUGGAGUUCUACACCCUUUUAAGUCAUGAUUUACAGAAAAUUGGACUUGGAAUGUGGAGGUCAAAUUCUUCUUCUGACAAAUCUUCAAUGGAGGUUGAUGGAGAUGAACAAAAAAAGGGGAAGAUCAGUAAUGGUGGUAGUGAUCUUGUCCAAGCUCCUCUUGGAUUGUUCCCUCGUCCUUGGCCCCCUAGUGCUGAUGCUUCGGAUGGUAGCCAAUUUUUCAAAGUUGUUGAAUAUUUCCGGCUAGUUGGUCGUGUGAUGGCCAAAGCUCUUCAAGAUGGGCGACUUCUGGACCUGCCAAUGUCAACAGCAUUUUAUAAGCUUGUGCUUGGUCAGGAGCUUGAUUUGCAUGACAUUCUUUCUUUUGAUGCUGAAAUUGGGAGGACUUUGCUAGAAUUGCAAGCCAUUGUUUGCCGGAAAAAAUAUCUUGAAUCAGUGAUUGGUCACAAUUGUGAAGAUAUUGCUGGCUUACAUUUUCGUGGGUCUCCAAUUGAAGAUCUUUGUUUGGAUUUCACCCUUCCUGGUUAUCCAGAUUACGCUCUGAAACCAGGCGAAGAUAAUGUGAAUAUUAAUAACUUGGAGUUGUACAUAUCCUUAGUGGUUGAUGCUACUGUUAAGACUGGAAUUACGAGGCAAAUGGAAGCAUUUAGAGCUGGGUUUAAUCAAGUCUUUGACAUCUCGACUCUACAAAUAUUUUCCCCACAUGAAUUGGACUAUCUGCUUUGUGGCCGUAGAGAGCUGUGGGAGGCUGAAACACUCGUAGAUCAUAUAAAAUUUGAUCAUGGAUACACUGCCAAGAGCCCUGCUAUUGUUAAUUUGCUUGAGAUUAUGGGAGAGUUCACCCCAGAGCAGCAACGGGCUUUCUGUCAGUUUGUCACUGGUGCACCUCGGCUCCCACCUGGUGGUUUGGCAGUGCUGAAUCCGAAAUUGACAAUUGUGAGAAAGCUUUCUGCAACAACUGGAAACACAAUGGCCAAUGGGACCGGAUUAUUAGAAUCUGCGGAUGAUGACUUGCCGAGUGUAAUGACAUGUGCUAAUUAUCUCAAGCUUCCUCCCUACUCUACCAAGGAAAUUAUGUUCAAGAAACUACUCUAUGCAAUAAGUGAAGGGCAGGGCUCUUUUGAUUUGUCAUGAGUUGUCAAACCUAACAAAUUAAUUUGUGGAUAUUAUAUGGGAAGAGUUUCGGGUUCAUUUCUUUAUUGGGCUAAUUUUGGUGUUGGAAGUAAGGCUUCUUUUCAUGCUCAAAUAACAGCUGCUUUUGUUGGUGCCUCUGCAUGAAGUAGCUGACAUUUUUGAGAUGGAUGUGGCGCCCUUUGUCAAGUGGAUGAAGGAUCUAGAAGCUUCUAUGAAGAUUGGAAUCGUGGAGCUAUUUUCCAAUGCAAUUGCAUGUAAAUAGAUAGGAUUUUGGGAUAAUUCUUCUUCUCCUCCGCUUAUUUCAACUUAAAUUUGCUGUUUGAGUAUUACAUAUGCGGGCAUGGAUUCGGCCCUUGCCUUUCUGCUCAUAAAUUUAAUUGGUGCAUCAUAUUACUGAAUAUUUUUAUCAGAAUAAUAAAAUAGUGUAGAAAGAAAGAAAGAAAGAAAAAAGGUUCAGACCAAUUUUCUUUGCACCUG